AUGUCAAACUAUAGACCUACAAUUACUCCACCUGCAAAAAAGAUUUCAAUUGAGAAGGCUGGCAAUGGUAAGAGCAUUACUAUUGUCAACAAGGACGGCAUUUCAAUUGAUCAACCUGCUGCAAAACCAGCUCUUAAUAUUACAAAAUCGGACAAACCCAGCGAGCCUGUCAAAAUUACGGGUCCACGUACAACCACAGCAACCACAGGAAACAAGACAUUUACAAUUGUUAAGCCAUCUCAAUCCACAAAACCAAUUACAAUCACAAAGAAUGCUAAAACAUUAGAGACAUCCAAGCUUUGGCUUGAAGAAUAUCUCAAGAAUGCUGUUGAUAUCAAGAAAUACCCAAUUUAUGAGCAGAUUGUCCAAAUGAACAACCACUUUUACAGAUAUCGUCUUCAAUCCACAUCCAAAUCAGCAAAGACACCACCAAUCAAGCGUGAUGAGAUCAAGCUUAUCGUCAACAAGCUUACCAUGGAUAACUACUAUAGCCAACUCGAUCAAGUCAUCACAUCAGCCAACAUGAGCAACUUGCAAUUCCUUACAUCUCUUGCACAGGCUGUUCAUGAAGCCUCCAUCAACGGCUACCCACUUACAAACCUCUUCUCCCUGUUUAUCCAGACAAUUGUCGAAGCAUUAUCCGGCAGCGAGUUCCAGCAGAAGUUUACCGACGAAAUACUUAGACUCAUCAAAGAAGAGUUCACCAAAGAAGUCGUCGAUAACAACGAAGUCCAAUACAGUUGGUAUCAGAACAACGCUAUGUUCUUUGGCUGUUUGGUCAUGCGUAAAGUCUAUCCAAUCGAUCUCUUAUACGACAUUGCUGUUGAUCUUGUCAAGAAGCGCCAGCCAUACCACAUUGCCGCCUUAAUUAAACUCAUUAUACCAUUGGCCGGCGAAUUAGAGAAAGAAAAGCCAGAAGCCUCCAAAACAAUCUUCGGUGAAAUCGACAAGGUCAAGACAGAUAGGUCUUUCCACUCCAGAAUCAGAUUCGCAUGCAUGGAUAUUCUCGAUAUCAGAGCUGCCAAAUGGAAUGGCAUCGAGAAACAGUAUCCACAGAUCAAUUCCAUGCAGAAACUCAUCAAGAGACAAAACGCCGCCAACGAGAAAUACAAGAGACCAGAGACAAAAGUCCAAAUCAAAGCUGGAGAGAACAAAUUUGCAAAUCUCAUGGAUGAAGAUGAAGACGAAGAAGUCGCUUUCGAUCCAGAUGACAUGAUUGAGACAUAUGUCACUGAUGAAGUUGUCAUUCAAUCAUGGUCAUACGAACAAGACACAGAGUAUUUGUUCGAAAAGAUCGUCGCAUUGAACAAGAAACGCGCUUUGAAGUUCAUCGAGUGUUUCCAGGAUUUAUAUGCAAACGAAUCUUUCGAUUGCCAAAUUGCUUUCGAUGCAUGCAAAUCUCUGUUUCCAAGUGUUAUUUCAGAAGAUUAUUCAGAUCUUCCUGAUGCAACAAAUAUCUUGGGACAUAUCUAUGCAAGAAUUGCUGUUCUCGAUGCUUCUUUCAUCGAUAAAUUCUCUGAAUGCUUCACUGGUUAUAAUUUGAAUAUUAUUUAUGGUUUCCUUGAAGAAAUGGUCAGAAUGAAACGCGUUGAUCAAUUAACAGAAUCUAGAUAUUGGUCUGAUUAUCAAUGGAGAGAAAAGACAACAUCUCAAUUAGAAAUUGUCAAUUUGAUGAUUGAAAACGAUAAAUUGUUAGAAGCAUUCCCACUUUAUGAUUAUUUGGCAAGAGUUUAUGAAAUAUUGAUACCUCCUGAGGAAGACGAAGAGGAAGGACAAGAUGAAGAAGAUAAGUUCGAUGUUCUCGGCGCAAUUGAUGAACUUUUGGAAGAAAUUCCUCAGGAUAUUCACGAAUCAUUCGAGUUCUUGUUAGGCGCACUCGAAAUUUGUUUGGAAUCUAGAAGAAUUAAUAAGAAGAACGCAAAGAAAACAAUAGCAAAGAUUGUACCAGCUGAAGGUUCACAAUCUUAUAACAGUUUCAAGGAAAUGUCAUUGCCAUUGAUCAAAACAUUCGAAAGGAUUUGCUUCCUUCAGAAUAAGAAUGAUGAUGAUGUCGCUACUUGGUUCUCUAAGUUGAACAAGAUUGGAUUCCCUGUCGCUGAUUUUAUUAAGACUACAAUCUGUGAUGAUCCAAAACUUGCUCAUUAUCAUUCUCAAAUUGAAAAAUUAUUUAAAUAA